AGAAUCCGGAAUGAUCUUGUGCGCAGUGGCAGUGUGCAGCUUCGACCAGAAUGGUAUCUCGCCCACGUCCUCUUGUAAACGAACGUCACUCAUCACUUGUUAUCUUCGGGGAACAUCUCCAGAAACAUCCAACGACGUGGGAAGAGUCGCACCCCAGCCCGUGGCAAGUUUUUAUAAGAGCGAAGGACGAAUGGAAGGCAAACCAGAGUUCUGUUGAGGAAGCUGGUCGUCAUAACCGUCCGUCUUCACGCGUCGACCGCAUAUUUGUAAACACGGGUGCGUUUAGGACGCGAGCGAAGGGUGCGUUUGUUUAGUCCUGAGUGAGUGUCUGACGGACGGCGCUCGGGGAUCUCUGACAGGACAUGGCCCACCGAGUCCACGACCACCAGGGCCGCCUGCCCGGGGCCCAGACCACCGUGCUGACCCUGCCGCCGUCCAGCCAGACUAAGGACCUGAGGCCCAGGCUGACGGCCCUGGACUCACUGCUGUGCGGUGCGUUUGCUGGAGCCGUGGCCAAAACCGUUAUUGCACCUUUGGAUCGCACCAAAAUAAUUUUUCAAGUGUCCUCACAACGAUUCUCAGCUAAGGAGGCCUUCAGGGUCAUCUACUGCACGUACGUGAAGGACGGGCUACUCAGUCUGUGGAGGGGCAACUCUGCCACCAUGGUGAGGGUGAUGCCGUACGCCGCCAUCCAGUUCUGCUCACAUGAGCAGUACAAGAAACUGCUGGGGGGCUACUACGGCUUCCAGGGCAAAGCGCUGCCUCCCUUCCCACGCUUUCUGGCCGGCUCUCUGGCUGGGUUGACCGCUGCUAUGCUAACCUACCCGUUGGACAUGGUGCGAGCCAGGAUGGCUGUCACCGCCAAAGAAAUGUAUAGUAACAUCAUGCACGUCUUUCUGCGCAUCUCCCAGGAGGAAGGCGUGAAGACCCUUUACCGAGGCUUCACCCCCACCAUGCUGGGUGUCAUCCCCUAUGCGGGAAUAACGUUUUUCACCUACGAAACCCUCAAAAAGCUGCAUGCAGAAAAAACGAAGCGAUCCCAGCCCUAUCCCUACGAACGCUUGGCCUUUGGCGCGUGCGCAGGCCUGAUUGGACAGUCGGCUUCGUACCCGCUGGACGUGGUACGUCGGCGUAUGCAGACUGCCGGCGUGAUGGGGUCAUCCUACCCUACAAUUCUGGGGACCAUGCGGGAUAUUGUAGCACAGGAGGGAAUCAGACGCGGGCUGUAUAAAGGCCUGAGCAUGAACUGGCUCAAAGGACCUGUUGCGGUGGGGAUCAGCUUCACCACAUUCGACAUCACACACAGCUUUCUGCUGAAGCUGCAUCAGAUGGGCUUUUUCAUCCACUGAGUCAUAUGAGAGUCAGAGAUUUGGUCACAGAGGCAAAGCACAGCAUGAGGGUCGGGCGCAUCUCUGCUUGUUGCAGGACCGUCCUGCGGCACACACCUUUAUCCUGAAGAUGGGAUGUCAGAGGCGUGGAUGAGUGGACAGGAGAUCCGUUCUGCACAGAGAUGUGCACAAUCACAAACCUUUUAAGUGCAAAGUGAUCACUCACUAUCAGAGAGAGAGUGAGUGGAUGCAGAAAAGGUACUUUUCAAAAUCACAGUACCAUCAGAUAAAAGGCGUCAUUUAGUCCUGUGUCAACACAAUGAGUUUAUUUUAUUUUCAUUUAGAAAAUAGUGUUGUUCGCAUUUUUUAUAUUUUAUGAUGGGUUCGCUGUGGAUUUAUUUCACAUCGAGGGAGAACAAUCAGCUAGAAGGGCACACUCCCACUGAAGUGCAAGAAUGUUAUUUUGUUAUCUUUUACAUGAUGCUAAUCAAACAUGUUAUGAAUGAACGCAUUUACUGUAUAUUGCCGGUGUUGGUUCACGUACAUGAUCGUCUGUACCGCGCUCAUACCGUGCUACAGAUGGUGUUUGGUUGUUUUCUUGUUUGUACAGCUUUGUUUCACCGAUCAAAGAGAAGCAGUCUGGCUUUUAUUUCUCUUGUUUGUCCAAAAGCGAAAGCGUUUAGUGUAUGACCGUGCAAAUUAAAGUGUUUAUCAUAA